ACUGCGCGAUAAUGGAGCUGGACGUCCUGGUGUGCUCGACCUCCGGCAAGCCCGUCUUCCGCCACAAGCUGUCCGCAUCCGAUACCAACCGUCCAUCUGAAGAGGACGACUCGUCCACCAGCUCCUUCGCGAGCUCGCUGCAGGGCCUGCUGUCCUUCGUGGCCUGCACGCAGCACGAGGAGCUGCGGGAGCUGCAGGCCGCCGACUGCCGCUGCGUGUUCCUCAGCUCGGACAGCCUCACGUUCGCGGCCAUCGAGCGCGCUGUCCACAAGGACACUACGACUGGUGUCCACAGCAGCGAGACGCCCAGCUUUGCGUCGGAAUGUCUGCAGCAUCUGCUGCGGCUGCUGCAGCACCAGAUCCUGUUCGUGCUGAGCGACCGCGGGCUCGACGUGCUGCGCCGCCAGCCAGGCUACGACCUGCGCGAGCUGCUCAACGGCACGGAGAGAGUCACGAGGUCGCUCACGGAGCUCUGGGCGUCGACGCCGAGCUUGCGGUUCAAGGACUGCGGCGUGCCGUUCGUGCGGCUCAAGCCCGAGAGGCGGCGAGAAGUCGCGAGGGCGUUGGAGUUUGAAGCCCCCAGGGAGAAUGCAGCAGCGGCAUCAACGACGACUAUGAUCUGCGGGUUAUUACUCGCCAAGGAGAAGGUGGUGGCUGUUGCGCAGCCCAACAAGAAGCAAUUCAGCAUGCUCGUGGAUGAUUUGCUGUUGUUGGUAAAUUUCGUGUAUCACACGCCGUCGCUGGAGAAGUCGGAGACUUGGACACCGAUCUGCUUGUCGAAUUUCAAUGCUCGAGGAUUUCUAUACGCGUACGUGGUUUUCUUGACGAGCGACGUUUGUCUGUUGCUACUGAGCAGCCAGCAGUCGCCGGAGCAGUUCCCGCAUUUUCAAGCGAAGAAGGAGUUCGUGAAGCUGCGACUUGAGGAGAUUGGAGCAAUGGAAGCUAUCGACGCUUCGGUGAAGAACCACUCGGAGUGGCAACCGCACAGCGAUUUGCCGCUGCUAUACCAUUUUAUCUACAAGAACGAGCUCACAGGUGAGUGCGCUGAGCCCGAGCUGACAUUCCCGUUUGGUGACGGGGACUUCAGCACUCGGUUACAGUUGCUGAACCAGUACGCUAAGGUACACCAUCUUAUGUUCCCGACGCCGGCGGAGCCUCAAAAUCGUGAGAGCCAAGUGCUGGGCAAGCGCCUACAGUCGCUGCAAGAAGCCACCGCAGCGCGUAUGGUAUACGAACGCAGCGACUCGGGCCUCUUUGUCGGCAUGUGCAGUGCGGACUAUCGGUUGUUCGUGUGGUUCGACUCGCUUGCCACCGUUUCGGACGCUCGCGAGCAAAUGCAGGUGUUGUUGGACCGACUCCGGCAUGACGAAGAGCUCAUGUCCGUAGCGUUGUUUCUGUCCGGAGGCGGGUUUCCUUCGGUCAGCUCGCUUGGGAUGUGGCCGUGA